UAAAUGUAUCUUUUGUUGUAAAAGUGGUUCCAAAACAUACAAUUAUACAAUACCUAGCGAGCUGUAGGCUAGAGCUAGUUUAGCCAGGGUGUCAAUUUCAUAUUAUACCUUCAGCUUUGGGCAAUUUAUAUUAUGUAAAUUUAUGUGAAUCAAGGUUAACUAGCUAAUUAUAUUUAAUGAGAAUUUCAGAUGGUAAAUCACCAAAGGGAAGUGUUACCCCAAUUAAGUGUAUAAAAUGAUUAUAGGUGUUUUAAUUAACAGGCACAUAUUAUAUUUCGACACUUACCACAGGCUAUCCUAAUUAUCUUUAUAUUGGAUAUAGGACAAUUAUAUCUUUAAAUGCGGUAUCAAUUAUAUAAUUACCAGAUGACCAAAGUAUAAAAUCUUGUGUAUACAAAAAAUACAUCACUACACAUUGUGAGCGUAGUUGGAGGAAGUUGGACAAACAACAUUGUAUUAACAUAUGGUGUAUUCUUUUACGAUUUUGUCUAUCAAUCUAAAAACAAAGAUUCUCUUCUCUGUUUGCAUUUUCCAGUAAUUUUCUUAAGUUUGAAGUUAAAACUAUGCUACCAAAACAAACAAAAAACCCAUUUCAUAAGGGACAAUUUUUUACCAAGUUCAGCAAAGUUAUAAAAAUCAGAAAAUUCAGAAGAAAGGAGUUGAAGAUGACCGAGGCCAAAUCAGACUAUCGUCUUGAGAGUUUCGAUGAGUAUGAUGAGCCCUGCCAAAUGACCAAAGCAUAUUGUGGUCAGUUGAGCCUUGACCAAUAUGAGGAGCAGGCGGCCAACACAACAGAACAAGCUGUACUGGAUCUCCUGUCAUACCUUGACAAGAACCCACAGAAAAUUCAGUCCAUCCUGACCAAGAGGAAGAAAGAAGAACUGGAAAACUGUGGGAUGUUUUCAUUCCUUAAGAUGAAAUGGAUGUGCUUAAUCAAUGGUGACAAAAAUGGAGGAGUGGCGAUUCCUGAAGAGGAAUGUCAGGCCAAACUGGAGGGACUCAAGUUGGAGAUGACCAAAGUGCUGGAUUACUCCCUUAAGUCGAGAGGUCGAAGAUGUUCCAGUCGCCUGGCUGCCAAGAGACAAAAGAUGUCUACAUCCAUUAACAAAGAAAACAUCCGCACCCCCGUAGCAGAGAAUCAUAUCCCCCCUCCCCCACCUCCUCCUCCCCCAGUCAUCUCUGUAGCAACACCCGGGGGUCGUGAUUUGGUGAAGAGAGGCACGCCAUUGAAGGAUCUGAAUUUCACGAUGGACACGCCUAAAAGUCUAAUGAAAGUGAAGAGAAAACAUGAACGAACAGGGUCAGACUUUUCGGUGUCCUCCAUGACGACGAUCGGUUCAUUUAGCAGUCUCCAACAGGAACUCCUCAGCUCCAAUCCGCUCCGACGUCUCCGAACCACAAACCGUUCAAGAUCCCCGGGAGGUACACCCUCGCGUAACCCUCGUUUCUCGAUUGAAAACCCAGCAAACUUGUCCACCUCGGAGCCACUGUACCGAGCCUUUGUAAACAGCAUGCAGCACAAAUUCCGUAACGUCCGAUCACCAAGUCCCGCGGGUCGCCAUAGCAACUUCUCUAGUCCUGGGGAUGCCCUAAGUCCCGGAGGUUUUACGCCGUGAAACUAGAGAUCGGCUCUAUCAUAGUCCAAAAACAAAUUUUCACACUUGGAGAUUAUUUUAUCAAUUUUCAUUUCUUUAAUGACACAUUACAUCAUACUUACCUUACAGUAAGCACAGGACAACAACAAAUACUCUUAAGAGUGUUUAUUUUAGCAACACAUAUUGAGUGUAUUUUCAAAUUUAACAGGUUAACUCAUUGAUACAUGGAUAGAUACAUAGAUUUUAUUCUGACAAAAUUAGAAUUACACAUUUCUUUGUCAGUCAGCUAUGAAAUAUAUAAAAAAGAAUUGGCGUUUACAAUAUAUACAAUCAAACACCACAAACAGAAACAUUUUAAGUGAUAAAUUAGAGCAAUAUUGAAAAGCACUUAGUUUAGAAUACUGCUUAAGUUUGUGUGUUAACAAUACUCUCUAACUCGAAGUAGGGUGGGCUUAGUACAGGACAGUGAAAAGGUAUUCGUCGACAUUUUCCCCUGAAGUGAAAUGAAUAGAUAUGGUGUCAGAGGAUUUUACCAGGCAUGGGCUUAGUGCCCAAUAAACAUGUUAAAUUGGAACAAUGAUUUUUUCAUUAUUGUAUAAAUUAA